CAGUCUCUCUACUCUGUGCCCAAUAUAAAAAAAAACAUAUGUACAUCUUUGUUUUGUUUUUAUAUUUUAAAAACUUUCUACCUGUUUCUUAAAAUUUACUGAUUGUUUCUAUAUUAAACUAAUUCUAAAUAAUUCUCUAUCCACAUAUUUUAAUUGGAAACAUGAAGAUUUCUGAGUUGCCUGGUGAUGAAGAUUCUGGUCUAACAAACCGUACUUAUGUCUUUCAGAAUGAAAGUCACACACUAGGAAAUGCUUUGAAAUGUAUCAUCUCUAGAUAUGAAGAUGUUGUAUUCUGUGGGUAUACAGUCCCACAUCCAGCUGAAUCCAAAAUGCAUUUUAGAAUACAAGCAAAAGGAACGCCUGCAUUAGACAUACUAAAACGAGGUCUAAAAGAUCUUGAAAAAGUAUGCGACCACACACUAGAAUUAUUUGAAAAAGAAGUAAAAGCAUUUCAGAAAAGUUAAUAUUUCGUUUUUUUUUAACCUGCCUUGUAAUGUUUUUUAUAGAUUGAAAUGCAUGUAGUCAUAUAUGAAUAGACAUAGUUCAAUUCUUAGUAAUUGACACCAAUGU